AAACCUGAAUGCAUGGCAGGUUGGAACCAUACAGGGGUGAAGGAAUUCCUUCUGGUAGGUUUAACUGAAAACCCUAAUUUGCAGAUCCCUCUCUUUUUGCUUUUUACCUUUAUUUAUUUCACCACUCUGGCAGGUAAUUGGGGGAUGAUUAUCUUGAUCUGGUUAAAUACCCAACUUCAUACUCCAAUGUACUUCUUCCUUAGCAACCUCUCUUUUUGUGAUAUCUGCUAUUCUACUGUCUUUGCUCCAAAGAUGUUGGUCAAUUUCCUAUCAAACCAUAAGUCCAGCACAUUUGCUGGUUGUGUUCUACAGAGUUUCUUUUUUGCAGUAUAUGUAACCACAGAGGGUAUCCUCCUGUCUAUGAUGGCUUAUGACCGCUAUGUGGCAAUAGCUAAUCCCUUGUUGUAUACAGUCAUAAUGACCCAAAGGGUUUGUGUUCAGAUGGUCCUUGCAUCUUACCUGGGUGGGCUCAUUAACUCACUCACACACACAAUCGGUUUGCUCAAAUUAGAUUUCUGUGGUCCUAACGUUGUGAACCAUUAUUUCUGUGACAUUCCCCCUCUUCUGAAACUCUCUUGUUCUGAUGCCCAUAACAAUGAAAUUCUGCUUUUAAUAUUCUCUGGGGUCAUUGCAAUGUUCACUUUCACUAUCAUUAUGGUCUCUUAUACAUGCAUCAUCAUUGCCAUCCAGAGAAUCCGCUCUGCUGAGGGGAGGCGCAAAGCCUUCUCCACUUGUGCCUCUCAUCUGACUGCUGUGACAUUGUUCUAUGGGUCUGUGACCUUCAGUUACAUCCAGCCAAGCUCUCAGUAUUCCCUGGAACAGGAGAAGGUUUCUGCUGUGUUUUAUACGCUGGUGAUCCCCAUGCUAAACCCACUGAUUUAUAGCUUACGAAAUAAGGAUGUGAAAGAUGCAGCCAAAAGGUCAAUAUGGUGGAAGAGAACUCCCACCUGA